AUGUCAUCAACUCAUUCGAAUAGAUCUACACCAAUAUCAAGAACACCUAUCACCGUCACCAACACCGGCAUCACCACCACCACCACCACAACAACAACAACAACACCUUACUCUUAUCAACAUCUUAACUAUUUAGAUAAAGAAUCAUUAGCUGCAACUAAAAUUCAAGCUGGUUAUCGUGGUUAUUGUACACGUAAAAAAUAUGGUAAUUUAUCAUUGAAUUCUUCUUCACCAUCAUCAAAUUAUAAUGUAACAUCUAAUAGACAAUUAUAUACAACACAUCAAUCACCAUUAAGAAAUAAUAAUGAUUUAGAGAAUGCCGCCACACGAAUACAAGCUAGUUAUCGUGGUUAUUUAACUAGAAAAUCAUUACGUGAUGAUAAUAUUACACAGAAAUAUACACCAAUUAAAAAUGUUUCUUAUCAUCAUGAUAAAAUUAAUAGAAUUAAUGGAAAUGAAAACGAUGAUAUUGAUGGGAAAGUGAAAGCAGUCACUAAAAUUCAAGCUGGUUAUCGUGGUUAUAAAACAAGAAAAUCAUUAGCCCCAUUAUUACAUUCUCAACAAAAUUUAUUAUUAUCAAAUAAAGAAAAUCAAAAUUAUUUAGAAUAUAAAUGUAUCAAUCAAGAUAAACCUAAUAAUAAUAAUAAUAAUCAUCAUCAUUUACAUGAUUUAUAUAAUCCUGAAUUAGCUGCCAUUAAAAUACAAGCAACCUAUCGUGGUUAUAGAACUAGACGACAAUUACCUAAAUAAAUUAUCAUAUAAAAAAAAUAAUUCAAAUUUAAUGCAUACUAUAUUAUAAUGUGUAUUUCACUAAUCAUUGAACAAUCUCUCACUUGUCAUUUACACCUUUUUGGGAUCAUGAAUAUUCUCAUGAAUUCAAGUCAUGGAUCUUUUUUAAAUCGUAAACAAUAUUUGCAUGCUUAUUUGACUAUCAAUUUGCUUCUUCUUCUUCUUCUUCUUCUUCUUCUUCUUUUUAUGUCAUGUUUUACUAAUUCUAU